UAGGAGGGAUGUGCAGCCAAUCAGCGGCGAUUCAUCGCUAUUAAUGCGCACUUACAAGGAUGGGAACACACUGCUGCCGCCAGCACCGAUCACCAGCGCGUGAGAGAUCAGCCGCUGGAUAUCGGCGACUGACUUGGAUCUGUUAACCCUUGCUGGCCACUGCGACUGUUUUUUUUCUGCGUGUGGCGAUCUGAUUGCGGAUACUACGCCCUGAUUCUAAGUGAGCCAUGUCAGUGCUGCCUUCUUUCGGUUUUACUCAAGAGCAAGUGGCUUGUGUCUGCGAAGUUCUCCAACAAGGGGGUAACCUGGAGAGGCUGGGUAGGUUUCUCUGGUCCCUUCCAGCCUGCGACCACCUCCACAAGAACGAGAGCGUUCUUAAAGCGAAGGCGGUGGUGGCUUUCCAUAGGGGUAACUUCCGAGAGCUCUAUAAGAUUUUAGAAAGUCACCAGUUUUCGCCGCACAAUCACUCCAAGCUGCAGCAGCUCUGGUUAAAGGCCCACUACAUCGAAGCCGAGAAGCUAAGGGGGAGGCCCCUUGGUGCCGUGGGCAAGUAUCGGGUGCGAAGGAAAUUCCCCCUGCCCCGGACGAUAUGGGACGGGGAAGAGACAAGUUACUGUUUCAAGGAGAAGUCGCGGGGUGUCCUGAGAGAGUGGUACGCCCACAACCCUUACCCAUCACCGAGAGAGAAACGGGAGCUGGCUGAAGCCACUGGGCUCACCACCACGCAGGUUAGCAACUGGUUUAAAAACAGAAGGCAGAGAGACCGAGCAGCGGAAGCCAAGGAGAGGGAGAACAACGAAAACACGAAUUCUUCUGGCAAUAAGCAGAACCAGUUGUCCCCUAUCAAUCGUAGUAAGAACCUGAUGUCUAGUUCGGACGAGGAGUUAUCACCGCCGCAAAGUCCUGACCAUUGCACGGGCAGCCCCGUGUUACUGCUGCCCGGGACUCUGAACCAAUCUGUGGAUUCCAGCUUCUCUCUUCACGGCCUCAGCUCUUCGCCAGGAGGCCACGCCGGCUCAAUCCAUCCGCAUGGACUGCAGGACACUCUUCUGGGCACUCUCACAUCUAGUCUGGUCGACCUGGGAUCGUAAAAAGAACCCGCCGCUGGAUAGUCCAAGUAUGAACUGAACAGACACUCCUGUACUGUGCUGUGUAAAUAAUUUAACAGCCUUGUCGAAGUUAUGGAUUUUCAACUGAUGGUCCUUAAUCUGUGAAACAAACGAGAUUCUCGCCUUUACCAAAACAAAAUCUUCGUAAACUGCUGAGAGGCUUAACAUUUCACUCAAUGCUUUUCAAAUCCCGAUGCUCUUCCACUGCACAAAGGGCCUUGCAAAUGAAGUUAACACGCGGGUCCACCAAUUCUCUUGCUGGCAGGUUCGAACAUCUGUCAGAGUCCAACCUGGAUUACAUCCCGUUUUCGAUCUCUACGUUCCUUGAGAUUCUUGACCGAUCGCGAAUCUGAAAUGAAACGUCGAAUAGGGGAAACAGUCUGUAAUUGAGGUAACCGCAGAGAGAGAGAGAGAGAGAGAGAGAGAGAGAGAAGACACCCCAUUUAAC